CCGUCAGAUAGUAAUACAAGACAUCAAUCGCUCGAACCAUCCAUUCUCAACCCAACCACGACAUCACGAGAAAGACAAAACCCAAGACACCAAACCCCCCAACCACAACUCCAACCAUGGCAACAGCAACCGCCCUCGGCCUCACCCUAACCCUGACGCCCCCCCUCCUAACCACCCUCCGCCUAACCCCCCUCCUCACCACCACCGCCUCCCUCACCCACGCCUACAUGGAGCGCCUAACAACCACAUCAUUCCUCUCCCCCCCGCCCACCACAACCACAAUCUCCCAACUCUCCGCCACCACCACCCCAUCCCCCGCCCAACGCACCGCCUACGCAUCCCUCAUCGCGUCGACAGCAGACGUCGCGGUCCCAGCGUGGUUCACAAACUUCUUCAACACCGGCGUCUGGAGCGUCGUCGGCCUCAACACCCUGACUGGCCUCUCCGCAGCCGCGAACAUCCUUCUCUUCGGCCACGCGCUCGACGCCCGCGUGAGGAAGUGGUACGUCGUGGGGUGGGCGGCCGCGGCGGCGCAUAUGCUGUUCAUCCCACUUGUGCAGGGCAGCGUGGAGGGGAUCAUCGGUAUGGCUGUUAGGCAGGAGGUCGGCGAGGCACCUAAGGAGGAGACGGAGGGGGGGAAGUUGACCAAGGCGCAGAAGUACCUAAGGGACUGGGCGAAUGUGCAUACGAUUAGGAUGGUGACUGUUGAUGUUGCGGCGUGGGUGGCUUUUGGGGUGGGUGUCGUUGGGGCGUUGACGAAGUAGCGUAGGUUGAAAAAUGUAUAUAAUAUAUCUUUUCAUUCUAUAUAAAAAUGCUAGCCCGUCAAGUAACACCACACCAACAU